AUGAGGUUCUACAAGAAGGAGCUGCCCGACGUUGACGAGGUGGUCAUGUGCCAGGUGCAGCAGAUCGCAGAGAUGGGCGCCUACGUCAAGCUUCUCGAGUAUGACGGCGCAGAGGGAAUGAUCCUCCUCUCCGAGCUCUCCCGAAGGCGUAUCCGAAGUAUCCAGAAGCUCAUCCGCGUCGGGAGGAACGAGGUCGUCGUCGUGCUCAGGGUCGACAAGGAGAAGGGCUACAUUGACCUUUCAAAGCGCCGUGUCUCGCCCGAGGACAUCAUCAAGUGCGAGGAGCAGUUCCAGAAGUCCAAGGCGGUCCACAGCAUGAUGGCCCACAUCUCGGGCAAGCUCGGCAACCCGAUUGAGGAGCUCUACGAGAAGGUCGCCUGGCCCCUCGACGCCAAGUACGGGCACUCGUUUGACGCCUUCAAGCUGGCCAUUAUUGAGCCCGAGAAGGUGUUCGAGGGAAUCGAGGUCGACGAGUCGGUGCGCAAGGAGCUCGACGCCAACAUUGCGCGACGAUUCACGCCGCAACCAGUCAAGAUCCGCGCCGACGUCGAGGUCACCUGCUUUGGCUACGAGGGCAUCGACGCCAUCAAGAAGGCGCUGCGCGCCGGUGAGGCCGUCUCGACGGAAAACAUCCCGAUCAAGAUCAAGCUGGUCGCGCCGCCUCUUUACGUGCUCAUCACCAACUCGACCGACAAGACUGGCGGCAUCGCAUUGAUGGAGGAGGCGCUGGUCAAGAUCUCGGAGAGCAUCCGGGCGAGCGGCGGCGAGGUCAACAUCAAGAUGAAGCCCAAGACGGUCUCCGAGGUCGAGGACCAGGAGCUGGCCCAGCUCAUGGCGAGAGUCGAGAAGGAGAACGCCGAGGUCGAGGGCGACGAGGACUCGGAGGGAGAGGAGGAGUAG